CUUCAGCCUUUUUCUUACUCACCUAUUCCCAGAACUCCCAUAACCUUUGGCAGUCUCCAUUGUUUCUUCACCAAAUGGAGCACUAACUCAAAGGAAAAAAUGGGGCUUUGGUUUUGUUCUCCAAGAUUCCUUAUUUUCGUCUUCCUCGUAUCUGCGAUUCCCAUCGCUUACAUCAUCUCCGAAGAACGUGCCAAGCCUACCAACCACGUUUUCCACUACCAUAGCGCCGGCUUUUUCCGGGAGUGCGCCAAGUGGGACGAUCAAGGCCGUCGAUUCCUCGUCAGUUUCUUGGAAGGUGGCGUCGGUGAAAUCCACGUUCCCAACGAUUACACACAGGAUGUCGUAUUGAAAGAGGUCACAGUGGUUAAAGACUUUGACUUGACCGGAAAUGCUUCCCUCGGCAUCGCCGUUGAUCGCCCCAGAAACAGGCUGCUUGUGGUUGUAGCUGACUUGCUCCGCAACCAAUACGGCGCUCUCGCGGCUUAUGAUUUGUCCACGUGGAAGCGGCUCUUUCUAACCCAGCUCAGCGGCCCUGGUGAUGAGAAGUCCUUCGCGAAUGAUGUUGCAUUAGAUGCAGAUGGUAAUGCGUAUGUUACUGAUGCCAAAGCCAGCAAAAUAUGGAAGGUUGGUGUCAAUGGCGAGUUCUUAUCUAUCCUCAGAAACCCACUCUUCACUCCAAAAGAGUGGUACAAAAGCUUGGUUGCAUUGAACGGAAUUGUUUACCACCCAGAUGGCUACUUGAUAGUAAUUCAUACGUUCAGUGGCAAUUUGCUUAAGAUUGAUCUAGCCAAGGGAGAGGAAGUGAAGUUGAUUGAAGUUGCUGGAGGUCCACUACUCUUUGGUGAUGGUCUAGAGCUAAUUUCUCCAACAAUGCUUGUAGUUGCCAAGAACCCUUCUGGGAGAUUGGUAGAGAGCUCUGAUGGAUGGGAGACAGCUUCUGUUUUGGCAAAGUUAAAGGGUCCUACGCAUCGUUUGGCCACGGCGGCGACUGUGAAGGAUGGGAAAAUUUAUCUCAACCAUUUGGUUGGUAUGGGGUACCCCAAGAAGACACAUGCCCUUGUUGAGGCUGUUUUCUAAACUUGAAAAUUGAACAAUCGUUCGGCAAACGAACUCGCAGUUACAGGAUAUAAAUUAAUCAAAUUUUCAUGUUGCAAAUCGUUGCUUACAGGGUUCACUUUUUUUAUUUUUUUUAUUGUAUCACUUGUUAGUUUUUUUAAAAGGGAAUUGGUCUUUCUUCCCGUGAAUUAUUCAUGGAAAUGGCGUACUUUUCCUUCAAAUGAUUGAUUGGUUUAAAUCGACAUCAUCAUAUCAAAGAGGAUGGUAUUUUAUUCUUUGAUGGUGUAGAUGACCGUGCCUUAAGCACGUGCUCUGCUCCUAACAAAACUUAUGGACAAUAAAUGCGCUACCUUAAUGACAAAACAUUAAUGUAUCAACUUUAAAACCAUUUUGUUUUUU